AUGAAAUCUAUUGAAGCAGAAACAGUUGCGGAGGGGUUGUUAGACAUAUAUUCUAGACUAGGUUUCCCUAAAGGAAUAUUAACAGAUCAGGGUAGCCAAUUCACCGCUAAAGUCACUGGCGAAAUAAAUAGGUUAUUAUCUAUUAAGGCUGGUACCACCAGUCCAUACAAUCCCAAAUGCAAUGGCCUUGUUGAACGAUUCAAUGCUACUUUGAAGGCUAUGUUAAAGGAAUUAUGUGAGGAGAAACCAAAAGACUGGGAUCGGUACUUAAACCCCUUACUAUUUGCGUAUAGAGAGAACCUUAACAGUCCGUAUGCUGCACCUCUUGUCAUUGUAAAGAAACCUGAUGGUUCUGAUAGAUAUUGUGUCGAUUACCGACAGUUAAAUACUAAAACUGUGUUCGAUGCCGAACCAGUUCCAGAUCAGAAUGAAAUCUUUGCUGCUUGUUCAUGA